AUGACUGAAAUGGGAUUCUUCGGGCAGCAAGAGAAGCAGCAGCGGCGUCCUGCUAGGACCGAUCGAUCGUCACAGUCGUUCGGGUAUGUGAUAGUGCUGGCCGUGUUGGUACUCGGUUGCUUCGUCGAUCCCGGCCACCAGGAGGGCAUUAAGCUGCCAGAUCAAACCUCAAACCCACCGUCGGCCAGUGCACCAUCGAGCGGUCCGGCUGUCGGUGAAGAACGGCGCCAGGGUAAGCAUCUGCUGGACUUUAUCGGUCUCGGUACCGGUGGUAACGUGGAUCCGUACCUGGCCCGCACCAAUGCCCAGUGUUUGAACGGAGAGCUAGCCGAUUGCUUCAAAUCACAGGCCCUCAACACGUUCAGUGAGUUCUUUGAACAGGAACAGUACCAACUCACCAGUGAUGCGCGGAUUGUGCGACUUCCGGAGACACAGCUACGUUCGCUGCAGCAGGAAGGUUACGAGUAUGUCGGAGAAUCGCGCCAUUCCGAUUCGGAGUGGGAACUGAUGUACAAGUAUGCGCUGCGGCGGCUCGAACGCUUCGUCAAAUCGACGGCACUGGAGUUCCAGAUACCGGAUGAGAUCACGGAGGAGGGUCGCUACUCGGCACGUUUCAUCGAUGAAAUUUCGGACGAGAUUGACGUGAUCGAGGACAAGAAGGCACCGCUGUUUACGCGCCAUCGGCUGAAGAAGAUCUUUAUUCCGCUGCUGCUGAUCCUGAAGGUGUUCAAGCUGAAGCUGUUGCUCUUCCUGCCCGUCAUUCUGGGGUUGGCCAGCUUUAAGAAGCUGCUCGGUUUCCUGGCCAUCAUCAUACCGGGUGUGAUCGGGUAUCUGAAGCUGUUCAAGCCACACCAGAGCUGCUGCACCAACGAUAUCUUCUCGGGAGGGUUCCAGCCACCACACUACUCACCGCAGGGACUCGGUUCGAUUGGCUACAGCCCGUAUAAGGAGUACGCCAGUGGACCGGCGGGGCACUACGGUCGACCGUCGGGGCCGUCAGACGUCAGCUAUGCCUCGCCGUACGGCAACUACUACCGUGACGCAGGUCGACCGGACAUUAAGGGUGGAAGCGUGAAGUUUGGGGAUGAUUUGGCCUAUCAAGGAUACUCCGAGUACCGGGGUGCGACCGGGGCUAAGGAUGUUAAGGCGGAGAAUUAGAGAAACGAAUUCAAAGGUCCGGAAUGCGAACGAACGAUGCGAUAGGUGCUUUAACGAGGCCUUUAUUGUGUCUAGUACUCUUGAGUGUAUGUGCCUGUAUGUAUGUAUGCGUGUCAGUGAAUAAUUUAUGUAAAAAGCGUGCC